AUGAAGGAAGCUAACAUACUUCUUGGUAACCAACCAACUAUGUCUCUUGAUCCUUCAUGGCAGGUCAAAAGACCCCUCCGUCUGGGGAGGUCCAUAUCUGGGUCAAGGACACCAAAGAUCUGCCCCAGUUACGUCCCUCCGGAGUGGGCUCCUUUGUGAAAUGCUACGUUCUUCCAGACACCAGUAAAAAGAGCUACCAGAAGACCCGCAUUGUCCAGAGGGACUCCAACCCGGUGUUUAACCACACCAUCGUGUACGACGGCUUUCAUACAGAAGAUCUGAAGGAUGCCUGUGUCGAGCUGACCGUCUGGGAUCAUGAGAAACUGACCAAUCACUUUCUGGGAGGGAUCCAGCUGGGACUUGGGACAGGUAAUAACGAGGCCCUUUCGCCUCAUUCCAGUUUCGACAUGAAACAUGUUCUCCUUGCCCAGAAAAUAUAAACAGGGAGAGCAGACAUCCAAAGGGCAUGUUUUGGACCGCAAAUCAAAAUGGAAAGGGCUUCUCUUCAGAAGCGUGGCUGGGCGGAAAUUAGAAUUCACAGCAAGCCAGGCCUCUGCACCAUUGAAAUCAAUGAGUACCGUUCAUUUCCCAUUAAUUUCCCAUUAAUUUUAGUAGGAUGUAGUCAUGACUAACAUAGCCCGGAUGAUUUCAGGGGUUGAACCUGAAGCCAUCAGCAUGCAAGUUGUACACUGGACUCGGGUCAGGACAUCCUAAAAUGAAUGACAGCGAAUGCCCACUAAAAUGCACUGGUUCUUUCCAAAUGGCAAGGGGACUGCAUGGAAUUUCUGAAUGGCCAAUGGAGAGGAGAGGAGAGCUGGCCUUGUGGCUGCAAGCAUGACUUGUCCCCUUAGCUAAGCAGGGUCUGCCCUGGUUGCAUAUGAAUGGGAGACUAGAAGUGUGAGCACUGUC